AUAAAUCAUUCGGAUUGUUGGGAAGGUUACUGAUUAAAGCUAAACAGUUCGCCACUGUCGAUUUUGGGAUACGCGCGAUAAGUCCAGCAGGCGUUCUUACCAGUUGACAGUUAGUGCCCGACGCGAAUCAGUCAAAACUCGGUUGAAUUCAACCGUGGGACCAUUUUGACACCAAAGUAUCAAAUGACCAUAAGCCAUGACUCAAAGUUCGGGGUUGUUGUUGUCAAAGUACCCGUUGUGGCUACAAUGGGUCGGUGCUUUUGGAGUGAUGUUGAAGUUGUUUGCGUGCGGCCUGUCGGUCGGUUGGGCCUCACCCUACCUGGCAAGCUUUACGAGUGGAACCGCCCCGUUUCCGGCGACAACGGACGAGGUAUCAUGGAUGGCGUCGACUUACCAGCUGGGGAGAUUCCCCGGCGCAAUCCUAGGAGCAGUUGGCGUUCAGUACUUCGGUGGAAAAAUAGUGAUAAUAGGCAAUGCGGUCGUCCUGUUGAUUUCCUGGAUCCUGGUAAUCGUGUCGAACUCGGUGCCCUGGAUAUACGCUGCCAGAUUCCUCAGCGGACUGUGCGCUGAGGCAGCGAACAUCUGCUACCCUCUCUACCUCGGAGACAUUUCAAGUCCCAGUAUAAGGGGGACUCUUAUGGUCCUGGCAAUCAACGGCUUGACCUUCGGGAUUGUAGCCGGAUAUGCGAUAGGUCCUUACGUAUCGAUGAGAGUGUUUUCCGGAAUCGGCGUUGCGCUCAUCAUCGGUUGCAUUGUGAUCGUUACACUGUUACCCCAGUCACCUUACUACCUCGUGAGUAAAAACAAGACGAAAGAGGCAGAAAAUUCGGUGCUCAGUUACAACCGAAAAGCUGAUGUCCAACUGGAAAUGGAUUUGAUAAGGAAAUUUGUCGCCAGAACGGAAUCCAUUACGUUCACCGAUCGAUUGCGAGAAUUGAAUUUGCCCAAAAAUCGAAAGUACGGACUCAUUUUAAUCGCCUUGAUAUUCUUCAUGCAAACAUCCGGAAUGAACGUACUGAUAACUUACACGGAGAGCAUUGCGACCAGAGGAAUGUUGAGUUUGAUUUCACCUUCCACAAUGCCAAUCACACUGGGUGGUCUGACCAUUCUUGGUGCUUGGACGUCCAUGUAUUACGUUGACAAAUUCGAAAGGAAAACAGUUUGGGUAUUUUCCACAGCCGGACUUGCCGUGAACUUGAUAGCCUUGGGGACGCACUUUUAUCUUUUGGACGUCGGCGUUGAUCCCAGCUACUUACAAUGGCUCUUCAUAUUGUCCGUAAGCAUAUACGGUGCAUUCUCCAGUAUGGGAAUGGGAUCAAUCCCGUAUAUACUCCUCAGUGAACUGUUCGGUUCAAAUAUACGAACACUGGCGAUUUGCAUAUGUUGUUCUGUCGGUGGCUUGUCUGGAUUUGUUGGUAUCUACGGUUACCAGUAUCUGUUGGAAGUCAUUGCCGAAAGUUAUAUCUACUGGAUAACUGGAGCUUGGGUGUUCGUAGCUCUCAUUUUUGGCCUCGUACUGGUACCAAAUACAAAGGGAAAAACACUCACGGAAAUUCAAGACGUCCUGCUGGAGAAUUAAUUAUGCGGCAUAAGGCGAAUGCUUUGAAAGUUUCAGUCAAGCAAGAAAUACUGAUUUCCUGUUACGAUCUUUUAUAAUGACAAAAAAAAAAUCGAUAUUCAAAACAUUUGCUUUCACCCUCUAUGAAUUUUUUUAGCAAUAUUUAUCGCAAUCGGUUGUUUGCAGCAACAAUUCGAAGUACCUGCAACUUCAUUUAAGCAGUAAUUACUCGACCACUUAUCAUGAAAAUAAAAUAUUUCUAACAAAAACAUAAUCAAAAAAUGUAUUAUGAGGUAACAUGUGAACAAAAUGAUCAUCAAGUCUAUUUCUAUGUUUGAUUGUCAUGAA